AUGGCAGCAGAAACACAAAAAACAAAAAGAGAAAGAAUAGACAAUGCGCUUUCUAAUGUAGGAUCAUACCAAAGAAUAUUCAAGCUGCUCUGCGACAACAAGACAGCGUUCAUACAGAAGCUGAAAAGAGACUUUAGAAGCGUGAAAUCAGAGCUCUUCUUUGGAAAGUACAAGAUGGUGCACACAGUCCUGGGAAGAAUCCUGUCCUCCGACCAGAUGGUAAGCCUCAAGGGGAAGGUGGAGUACAAAAAAUCAGAUAAAGUAUUUUUAUUUUUGCUAUCCGAUCAGCCCGUUGAGAAGAUAAAAGGCAUGCUUGAGAAGGUGCAGCACACUGACUACGAGAGAAAGGGCGACGUGCUCAGCAAAGACAUUGUGCUUCCAGUUGGCGAGCUGCUGAACGAGGAGAGCAUAAAAAUAUCCAACACUCUGUUCAAAGACAUACAGAAGCUGGGAAUAGACAACAUCAGAAUAAACCCAAAAACAAACAACAUAGAAGUAACAGAACAGAUUGUUCUUGGAAGAAAGGGAGAACAGAUGACCGAAGAGCAGGAGAAGAUGGUAAAGAUACUUGGAAUCAAGAACAAGAAGCACGGCGCAGUCGUUGUAGGCUUUGCAGAGAUCCAGAAAGAAUAA